UUGGUAAAAUGAGGGGGUUAGUACUUUUUAUUUCUAUGGUGGUAGCAACUAGUGCAUUAUCGCAAAAAUUCGUAGAAGAUUUUAUGGAUAAAUUACAAGAGGUUGGUGAGAAAUGCUCUGAAGAAGUUGGUGCCACUGAUGAUGAUAUAGCUGCUUUGAUAGCCCACACUAUACCUGAAUCACAUACUGGAAAAUGUUUGGUAUUUUGUUUCAACAAAGCUUUCCAUUUGCAAAAAGAGGAUGGCAGCUCUGACCUGAAAGGAUCGAUGCAAUCCUUGGAACCCCUUAAGGCUGACGACAAGGAAAUGUACGAUAAGGUUCUCAAGAUUUUCAUAACGUGUGGUACCAAAGUUAAACAAGAUCCCGAUCCAUGUAUAACUGCGGCAAAUAUGGGACAAUGCGCUGCCGAUGAAGGAAAAGCUAUGGGAUUAUCAGCUGACGUCUUUGAAAUUUAAUAAAAUUAAUCACGAUUAUUAUUUUUUUAAUUACGAAAUAUGUGAAUAAAU